CGCGGUCCUUCCGCCCUUUCCCUCGUUCGCUCCAUGCCCAAGAGCUGCGCUCCAGAGCCGUGUAGAGGAGAGACAUGGAAGAAACCAACACUCAUUGCGCCCCACCGCCGCCCGCGGGCUCCCAGACCGGGGUUUCUCAAGCCAACCUCUCCUCCGCUCCCCCCAAUUGCAGCAUCGAGGGCUAUAUUUACCAGGACUCCAUCGCCCUGCCCUGGAAAGUACUCCUGAUCCUGGUGCUGGCGCUCUUCACCUUGGCCACCACGCUCUCCAAUGCUUUUGUGAUUGCCACUGUGUACCGGACCCGGAAGCUGCACACCCCAGCCAACUACCUGAUCGCCUCCCUGGCGGUAACCGACCUGCUCGUAUCCAUCCUGGUGAUGCCCAUCAGCACCAUGUACACGGUCACUGGCCGCUGGACGCUGGGCCAGGUGGUCUGCGACUUCUGGCUGUCGUCGGACAUCACCUGUUGCACAGCUUCCAUCCUGCACCUCUGUGUCAUCGCCCUGGACCGCUACUGGGCCAUCACGGACGCUGUGGAGUACUCCGCUAAAAGGACUCCCAAGAGGGCCGCGGUCAUGAUCGCGCUGGUGUGGGUCUUCUCCAUCUCCAUCUCGCUGCCGCCCUUCUUCUGGCGUCAAGCCAAAGCCGAGGAGGAGGUGUCGGACUGCAGGGUGAACACCGACCACAUGCUCUACACAGUUUACUCCACGGUGGGCGCUUUCUACUUCCCCACCCUGCUCCUCAUCGCCCUCUACGGCCGCAUCUAUGUGGAAGCCCGCUCCCGGAUUUUGAAACAGACGCCCAACAGGACCGGCAAGCGCCUGACCCGAGCCCAGCUGAUAACCGACUCCCCCGGGUCCACAUCCUCGGUCACCUCCGUUAACUCCCGGGCUCCCGAUGUGCCCAGCGAAUCCGGGUCCCCUGUGUACGUGAACCAAGUCAAAGUGCGAGUCUCUGACGCCCUGCUAGAGAAGAAGAAGCUCAUGGCCGCUAGGGAGCGCAAAGCCACUAAGACCCUGGGGAUCAUUUUGGGAGCCUUUAUUGUGUGUUGGCUGCCCUUCUUCAUCAUCUCCCUGGUGAUGCCUAUUUGCAAGGAUGCCUGCUGGUUCCACCUGGCCAUCUUUGACUUCUUCACGUGGCUGGGCUAUCUCAACUCCCUUAUCAACCCCAUCAUCUAUACCAUGUCCAAUGAGGACUUCAAACAAGCGUUCCAUAAACUGAUACGCUUUAAGUGCACAGGUUGACUUGUCAGUUGCAGUGGGGUAGCCUAAGCGGCCCUUGGGGACCAUGUUGUGUCUGGUUCCACAGGUAGGUCCACUCUUCUUUCACUGUUACUGGGUCAGAUUGAGGCUCUGUCUUCUGGGCAAGGGCAAUGGAUCCUGAGAAGCCAGGACAGCCCUGAGAGAGAGAGAGAGAGAGAGCGAGCAAGCGAGCGAGCUCUGAGAGGAGAACUGUUCAAACUAAAGGUAGAGCUUCCCUGCGGAGGAGGAAGCUCACUUCCUCCCCUCACACCCCAGGUCCAGCACUGACCCUGCAGCAGCCAAUCAUAAGGGAGGGUUGUAACUUUAAAAAUCAAUGAUGGAAGGGGGAUCUUUGCCCUGCUUUGGUAUCAUGGAUCAUGCCCUCCCUCUAGAACCGGUGGUACUUGUAGUUGUCUGAAUCCUGUCUGAGACAGAUCUACAUACAGCCUGGCAGUACUUGAACUAGAAGCCUGAUACCCUUUGUUUUGGGGAGAACUUUGUGUUUCAGCUUCAUUUAAGAAGAGUUACUUUGGCAUCUUUCAGUCUUCACUUUCUGUUUAUUUAAACUUGGUUGGAGAAACUUGUGGAUUUGGUGCUUCAAACCAAAUGUGUGUGGCUUGGAUGAUGCAGAGAAACCUUGAAGAGUUUAACAGCAAAAUUCUGAUGUUAAGAUCUCUAUUUUUAUUAUAAUUGAAACUAUAUGGGGUGGGUGGGGAUGGGAGAUGGGAAGGAUUAAACUGAGAACCAACACCUAUGGUUGUUUGUUUUCUGCAGAUUUGUAAUUUUUUUAAUUCCUAUUUAGUGAUUGUCAAACCACACUAACAACUCAAAGCAUUACGUGUGCUAGUGCCAAAGUCUGCAGAUUGCUUUAUUUUCCUCCUAAUUUCAUGUGCUUGUCAUUUUACACAUUUAAAUCCUCAUAAAUGAAGAAUACAAUGGGUGAUUCAGCCCAAGCUGCUGCUAUAUUUCUUAUUAAUGCAGUCGAUUAAACUGAUGGCUAUUAGAUAUAUACUGCUCCUUAACAAGAAAGGUAUGUUUAUUCCUUAACCAAUCCAGUGAGAUGUGAAGGAGACUGAUAAAAUAAAAAUGGUUCUUCUACAAUUAAGGAAUGGGGGGGGGGGCAAUGGGAGGAUGUAUAUUUUGACUUGUAAAAAAUCUUAAAUGCAUGAGACUUUUUUCUGAUAGUCAUUUACAUUCUCCUUCCCAUCUGUAAUUCCUUUGUGUGCCCAUAUAUAAAGUAAGAGAACCACCUCCUUUUUCCAAAAAUCUUCAAAAUGCAGUAAGAAAGAACCCAAAAUCUAUGUUAAAGGAAAAAAAAAA